CAUAUGUGAAUCAAAAUGUGUGACUCAAUGGUCGAUGAAGAGGAAGGUUUCCUCUAUGAAGAAGACAAGAUGGGAAUGACAGUAACAUCUGGAAGUGUGGUCAUCAAGAAGGAUGACACCAAUCUAAUAGGCAUUAGUAUUGGUGGCGGUGCUCCACACUGUCCAUGUCUUUAUGUGGUUCAGGUCUUUGACAAUACUCCGGCCGCCAGAGACGGCACUCUUCAAUCAGGCGAUGAAAUUGUUGGCGUAAACACUACAUCAGUCAAAGGCUGUACUAAAGUAGAGGUCGCAAAAUUGAUCCAAUCGGUCAAAGACGAAGUAACCAUAUUUUAUAAUAAACUUCAUGCGGAUCCUAAACAAGGAAAGUCAUUGGAUAUCAUCAUUAAGAAAAUGAAACAUAAAAUGGUUGAGAAUAUGAGUGCCACUACUGCUGAUGCUCUCGGCCUUAGUCGGGCUAUACUUUGCAAUGACAGUUUAAUAAAAAAAUUGGAAGAAUUGGAAAGGAAUGAGUAUAUGUAUAGAGGGCUUAUGGAUCACACAAAACAUGUAAUUAAAGUAUUCAUAGAUAUGUGCUCUACAUAUAAAGCUUUUGGCGAUAUAUUUGCUGAGAUUGGAGUCCGAGAACCUCAGCCUCAGGCGAGUGAAGCCUUCUCUAAGUUUGGAGAAACGCAUCGGUCUAUUGAAAAGGCAGGCCUUAAGAUGUUGUCUAACAUUAAACCCAUGUUGAGUGAUUUGAAUACAUACCUGAAUAAAGCAAUUCCCGACACAAAGCUAACCAUUAAGAAGUAUGCGGACAUAAAGUUUGAAUAUUUGUCAUAUUGUCUUAAAGUGAAAGAGAUGGACGAUGAAGAGUACACAUAUCAGGCACUUCAAGAGCCUAUAUAUCGUGUAGAGACCGGUAACUAUGAGUAUCGACUAAUACUUCGGUGCAGACAAGACGCCAGAAUUAGAUUCGCUAAACUUAGGUCAGAUGUUAUGGUAAAACUUGAAUUAUUAGACCAAAAGCACGUUCAAGACAUUGUUCAACAAUUACAAAGACUCAUCUCUGGUCUCUCAAACUUUCAUAACGAAUGCCAUUCACUACUCAAAGACAAUACAAUAUUCCCCAUAGAGUUGGAUCUCUCUAAGACAUGUACUUUCAAUUAUGCCGAUCCACUCGUUAGUCCCUUCCAGGAUGAAGACGAUGGCUAUGACGACGACACUACAGAUAAUAGUCUGAUCCAAGCUUUAGAAGCAAAACCAUCCGAAAACCUUAUCGAAAGUUUUCAAUCACUUCAUACCAGUCCUACAACCAGUACAACCAUUUCAGAUGUGGACAAACCAAAUGAAACCGAUCUCUUAGGACUUUUUAACUGA